CGCCCCGGCGCGGGCGGUCAGCCGGCGGGAGCGGGCCGCUCUCAGAGCCGCGGAGGAGGAGGAGCUGCGCCGGUCAGUGGCGCCCGGACCGCCGAGCCAGCCGGCAGCGUCCCAGCGAGCCGACCGCAGCGUCAGAUCGGCAGCGUCCGACACAGGCCGCGCGCUACACCCAGUGGAGAGACAGCAGGACACAGACAGACUCGGCUGUUCCGGCGCGAUGCGCUCCCUCAUCACCGCCGCCGUGGCGGUGGCGGCGCUGGCCGCCGUCUCGGCCGACGACCACGGCACCUCGAUCCUGGCCGCCCUGCUGCGGCUCGACGGCAGCGUGCUCAACCACCUGGACGGACCACUGUCGGCGCGCAGCCGCACGGCCCGCCAGCGGACGGUGGUCGCGGCGCCGCGCCGGCCCGCCGUGCCGCCCGUGCCCGCCCGACACCAGCUCGUCGUGCUCGACGGAGAGCUGCUGCUCGUCGACGCCGAGGGCUUCGUCGUCUCCGGCUGGCCGCCCGAGGACGCCGCCAACGCCGUCGACGACCUCAGCGCGCGCGCGUCGCGGCGCUCGUCGCGGCCGGCGCGCGGCUCCGACUCGUACUUUGUCUCGGACAGGCCCGACAGCGACUUCUUCAUGUACUGGCGGCCGGUGCCGGCGAGCGCCUCUCGCAGCCUGCAGCGGGUGGCCGAGCCGGACCCGCUCAGUCACCAGCCGUCCAUCGUCACCUACGCCUUCGACCGGCCGCAGCGCAACCAGCUCGACGAGGUCUCGGACCCGCUGGAGGCGCACGGGCCGACCGACUUCGUGGACAGUCCGGGUGACCCGGAGCUGUCCAACUGCGGCUCCCCGCCCAUCCAGGUGCUGCCGCCGCCCGACGGCUUCCUGCCCUGGGGUCCGGCGCCCGGCCCGCUCGCCGCUCAGAACAGGGCGCUCCUCGUCGAGCCAGAGCCCUCUGCAGAGCCGGAGCCCAGCGCGGAACCGGAGCCUGAGCCUAGCGCAGAGCCGGAACCUGAGCCCAGCGCCGAGCCUGAGCCAGAACCCAGUGCCGAGCCUGAACCCAGCGCGGAACCGGAGCCGGAACCCAGCGCCGAGCCGGAGCCGGAGCCGGAGCCCAGCGCCGAGCCGGAGCCCUCUGCAGAGCCAGAACCCAGCGCGGAACCGGAGCCGGAGCCCUCUAGCGGCGACAGUGGCGCCAGCUACAUCUCGGCGCCGUCGGACGGCAGCCGCAGCCUGCGUCCGGUGGCGUCCAUCCGGACGGCUGAGCGGCGCCCGGCGCGGCCCAGUUACCUGCCCACGCGCGGCAGCAGUCUGAGCGCCCGCCGGCAGCAGACCUACCUGCCGCAGAGGGUCGACAGCCCGGCCGAGACGGAGAAGGCCCGCGGCGCCUACCUGCCCACCGAUAAGAAGGGCAGCGGCUCAUACCUGCCGACCGACAAGAAGGCGGGCGGCGGUGGCGGGUCGUACCUGCCCGGCGCCGGCCAGCGGCUGGGCGCCCAGCGCGCCGCGCUCGGCCUCGAGCUGCCGGGCGCGGACGCCGGGGCGGCGGCGGCCGCUGCCGGCGCGUUGCCGGAGCGGACCGGCGCGCGCACGCUGACGCCGCUGCGGGCGGCCGGCGCCGACGGCAGCCGGCGGUUUUUCGAGCAGCUGGGCGCUCAGGUGGCCGCCGAGCUGGGGGUGGUGACAGAGGGCCGCGUGAGCCCGCAGACACAGAUCGUGGCCGAAGUGCCCGACGAGGUGCUCUCCGACCUGGAGGAGGCCGUGCACACGGACGACGAGCCGCAGCUCGGUGACGGCCGGCCCUUCACCGUGGUCCUCUGAGCGGCGCCCCGUCACCGUGAUCGUUUCAGCAGCGACCGGGUCAAAGCGUCGCCAGACGCGCACACUGCGCAUGGCACGGUACGCAGCCCCGAACAGUGAGGACGGAAGACGCGAGUCGACUCGGGAUCCGACUCCGAUUCUACCGUCGUUAAGAGUUCAGCACGCGGUCGGAAGGGCGCGGGGUUCUAAGAACGACUGAGCGCCUCCUGAGACAGCUCAUACCACAGCUGCGGACAGUCGGGAGCGGUAUUUUAUUUUGCACCAGUGUUUGCUCACGUGUACAGGAGUCGUGAAUUGUGAGUGCGGUCGUGUAGGUGCCCUAAGCAGUGACUAGUCCUUAACGAUCCACCUGGCUAACAAAAGAUUACAGAAAAAGGCAAGCACAGCACAGGAUGCCAUGGUCAAGUCUCAGAGAAGUUAAACCUGUAGACCAUAUUUUUUGUCACAACGGGGACAGCAAACACUGUCACCUGCGCCUUCCUAAUGUGCCUUCAAUUUGUCUAUGAAGUAUGGAGUAUUUGAGCUGUUUGUAUACCGAUUUUGUGUGACAUCAGUGACUUUAUGAGCGGUGUCUGAGCACCAGGGUGCCGCGGCCUGUCCCGGCGAGGGCCGACCGGGAACGCGCCGUCUCCAUUACGGUGACGAGCUCAUGAAUGUAUGUGAGAGUAGGAGGUGCAACGCGGUACGCAAUAAAUGACAUCGGGUGUAAUCAGAA